CAUCAGUCUCGGUUUCACAGUCAAAGCGUUGGUCGGACCUCCGCACGGUGUUUGUGGCCGUCGCACGUUCCGAGUAGUUCGAGUACGAAAUAUUAAUAAUAUUAAAAUUUUAAAAUUAAAAAAAACACCGUUUUUUUAUUGUGCUAACAGACCGCGCUCAACCGUUGUCGUUUUGAAAAAGUUAUUCUAGGUUUAGUGCGACAAAAAAAAUGCUACGAUUUUCCAAACUUGAGGUUUUCCGUUAAAUUUAAUAGCACCUAUGAAGUAACGAUCAAUGUUUAUAAAGUAAUAAUUUAUGUAUAUAUACAUGUUUGUUUAUAAACCGUGUAUAAUGUAUAAUAUUUUAUUAUAUUUAAUAUUGCCAAAAUUGUUCCUGAGAUUAUAAUAAAACAGACCUAUUAAAAAAAAAAAUGUUUCUGAGCUGAUUGAUGUACACAGUGCGCACGGUGGACGGGUACCACGUGUUCCAAAUACAAACAUAAACACGAUUAAGUUUUUUAUUCAUCCCGAUUUUUUUUUCUCCAUUUCCUAUGCCCCGUACAACGUUUAAUCCGGUUUAUGUGGUCGUCUAAUUAUUGCCAUCUCGUUAGCCAUCAUCGGUGCUCGUUUAUUUAAUUUUUUUUUUGCCAACGACCUACCAAUAAACACGGUAAUUAAUGUAUAGAAUUGAUUUUUUUUUAUUAUUAUUUCCAAAUCAUACACCGCUGUAACCCGGUUUGGAGAAUCUGGUUUUGAAAGUUUCUCACACAAUUCACAAAAACAAUCAUUUCGAAGCCCGCCGAAGCGCUUCAAAUUUUCCAGCUCAUUUUAGUGGCUUAACGUUUUCUAAUAUUUUAUCUGUUUUUCAUUCCAUGACGGUCAUGUUUAUCGCCAAAGUUUAAUUAUUUAAACUUAUACUUUUUCAGUCGAUAUGUACAUUUACUAAUAACGUUUUCUGACAAUACAUGUAUUGGUUUUAUUUGAAAUUUUCCGUUAAAAUCGUUGUAAAAAGUUUUCAAUUUUAUGUAGUUAUUUUGAACCUUCUGAAGUUUUGAUUUCGCCGUAAAAGAUAUUGUUUAAUGUUCCUUUGGACUUAACUUUUGAGAUUAAUUGAAAAAAAAACAGUCAACGCACAUUCAGUAUUUUCUUAGAAGUGUAUUAUUUAUAUCGACUUAAGCGUUGAGCAGCGUAUUCGUAUUAUAUUUUGGUUUAUUUCCCCAUUUGCAGACUAAGAUAUCCGCCGGACGCUUUCGAUAUUCAUAAAUCAAAAUUGGCGAGUGUUAUUUUUUCGAAACCAUUUCGGCGGCAAGUGCACAUACAACUCACGGUCGCGGUGAAAUUAAAUAGUAUUUUUUCAAAAAUUGGUCUGUGCCUCAAAACGGACGCUAAACAGGUUUGAAAAUAAACGGGGGCCGGGGGCGCAUUCAUCGUAACGUUUCAAUCGCAUAAGUCGGGUGGUCCCCCUAGUCGUUGCGCACAAUUUUUUUGCCUACCGAACCUGUAAAGCGUUAACUUUACAGCGAAGACGACGACGGUGGCCGGUGUUGCGUACGCGGAUGCGGCUGCGGUGUCCUCGGUCGGUGCUGUUAGUGAUCAUCGGCGGCGGUCGACAGUUGCAGUAGCCGCACCACCAUGGAAGCCGACCUAGACUCCGGGCUGGCCACUUGCAGCGAUUUGCCCAGCUGCAGCGAAGUGCUAUGCCCGGUGGUGGUCAAAACGGAAGUGCCCACGCUCAAGCAGCACUACUACCCGGAAGGAGGAUGGGGAUGGAUCGUGGUGGCGGUGUCGUUUGCCGUGCACGUGCUCAACCAGGGACUACACAUGUCGUCGGGGGUGUUCACGCCGAUCAUCGUGCGUCAGUUUCCCCGCUCCGGCCUAGGAUCCGCAGGAUGGCUGGGUGCGAUGUCCACGGGAGUGGCUCUGUUACUGUCACCGGUAACGAUUGCGUUUUGCCGGCGGAAAUCCACAAGACUGACUGCCGUCAUGGGCGGCCUAAUCACAGCGCUGGGAUGUCUCUUCACCAGUUUUGCAACGCAAUUCCAUCAAUUGUUCUUCAGCUACGGCACCGUUAUCGGAAUCGGCGUAGGGAUGACCAGGGAUUGUUCUACUCUGAUGGUGGCGCAGUACUUUAAACGCAAACGCGAAUUCGUCGAGAUAUUCAUCGUGUCCGGCAGCGGGCUGGGCAUUGCCGUCAUGUCGAGUUUUAUCAAAGGAGCCAUAAGCGCGAUCGGAUGGAGACUUGGACUGCAGUUGGUCACAGCCACAGUGUUCACCACUUUCUUGUUGGGCACGUGCUACAGGUCAGCCUCGCUGUACCAUCCCCAGAGACGGGCCAUACUCCAUUUGAAAAAUCAAAAACGCAAAAUCAAAGACAAAAACCGGCACGACGACCGACCGCCGUUCCUCGACUUCACUACACUCCGGAGUAAGACGGUCCGGAUCUUACUGAUAUCCACCGGCAUCAGCGCCUUUGGCAUAAACACACCGAUAUUUUACUUGGCUCAUCAAGCCGAAGAAGACGGGUUUCCCGACUCAGCUCUUAUGUUGCAAGUUCACAUGGGAUUGGCGUGGACCGUUGGGUGUAUGGCUUUCGGUCUGAUUGUCGUCAGGAACUCGGUGGAGUGCCGCAUCGCCCGACAGUAUUUGUGUCAAGCUUCGGUAUUCAUGUGCGGCGUUUCCAUACUGGCACUGACCACGGUGCAAGGUGACCGCCAGGGGUAUGUCAUGUUUGCUUGGGUGUACGGCAUGUUCUGCGGCGGAUACCAUUAUUCGCUGAAGAUGUACACUUACGAGCGGGUCCGAGCCCGGAAUUUCGCUCGAACCUGGGGAUUCGUGCAGUGCUCGCAAGCCAUACCCAUCGCACUGGGCGUACCAAUUUCCGGUUACAUAAACAUCGGUUACGGCGGCAAAUCCGGUUACUAUUUCAGUUCCGCAUGCGUGCUGCUGGGCAGUCUGACCAUGUUCUUCAUCGACUUACACCGAAGGAACGUAGCCAGGCACAAACACGGCGAGUCCGGCGCCAAACAGCUUUGCGUGUCCAACUCUUGUCCGCAGCGACGAAAGCUGUCGUUCACCGUGGAACCUGAAGAGGUGGUGGUGGUCGAACCGCCACUAAACAUGCAGGGACUCGGCGGCGGCCUCCUUGGCGGCACCAUGGGAGCUGGCAUGAUGGGUCCCGGUGGACCCAACGACAAGCCCGAGCUGACGUGCAUAUCCGAAGAGGGCAUCGCCGACAUGGACUUGCCGGACAACCUGCUCGACGACCUCGACUACAUCGGCGACUGCAUAACGUCGUGCAACAAGGUGGAAAACUACCUGAUGCUCAGCGAGUUCGAGAACAACCUGAUCGCCGAAAUGCCUGUGAUCAUGGACCGCAAGGGGCGACGGUGGUCGUUGGCAAAACAAGCCGAAGAGGAAACGUCCAAGGGUGGCAAGUGGCGGCUGGUGGCCGGUCCCAACAGUCGGCUAAUAACAGUCAUCGACGAAGCUUCGGUUUGAAGUGUAUAAAGCUAUUUUAUAUUUAUAUUGUAACAAUUAUUACUAUUUGUUAUACAAAAUAUGUGUUCAUUUUAUUCGUAAAACAAAAGUUCCCAAACUGCCUUUAGUAAUCGAUUAUUGUGGUAAUUUUUAAUUAUAUUCAAUGUGCAAACUAUUUAUUAUAUUUAUUAUUAAUCAUUGACUAACUUAAUUUACAAAAAAAAACUCUCUUAGAAUUAUCACCCGAGGUUUAAAUUCUACUUGAAGAGAAUUGGGGGGGGGGGGUAAAAUACUUUUAUAAAAAUUAAAGUAUAUAAAGUUGUAAUUCUAUAUCUAAAAUACAAUUUGGGCUUUAGAGUAUACUCCCUUUGAAAAAUAUAUUAGCGCCUUCGUAGUUCAUACACAAUAAUACAUUGUACGUACAAUAAAUAUGAAAUAAUAAUUUUAAAAUACAAAUUUUAAUAAAAUAAAAUUAUUUUUUCCCUAUUCUUUUUACUUAAAACAAAUGUAUACUUUAAUAUACAAGUACUGGCUACUGCUGUAGAAUAAAUUAUAACAAUUAACAUUCGUUGUUGUGAAAUAUAUUAAAAAAAUAUUUAAAAGGUUCAAAUAUCGUCGUGAUAUCCUAACCGUUUUGACCCAAAUUAUAUAAACUUUGAAAGUAGAAAUAAACCGUUUAAACCCUAAAACGUUUUAAAAGCACUUGGACGAGAAAAUAUCGAAAGCAUUUGACUGCCAUUACCUGUGGAUCUUACUUACAAAUUGUAUGUACAAUAAUUAAUAUCAAACAGUAUUACUUUUAUAUAUUAUUUAAAGCUCACAAAUCAAUGAAUCACUGGUGACGCUGAAAAAUAAAUUAGCAAUAAAUAUUAAGUUACACAUAAUUAUAUACUGGGUAAUCAAUUAUUACUAGUUAAAAUUAGAUGAAAACAUGUUAUGCUAAAUGUGUUUAAUGUAAACUUUUAUCGAACUUUUUUUACUUAAGGUCUAUAGAUUUAUCUAGUUUUUUUAAUGGAAAAACUUUAUUAUGUAAAUGUGUUAUUUAAAUUAUUCUAGAAACUACUAUUUAUAGUAAUUUAUUGUCUGGGACACAGCUAUUAUAAACGUAUAAUAUAAGAAUCUAUAUAAUGUAUGUAUAAUAUUAAUUAUAUGUAUUUAGUUUAUUUGUAAAAUGAAAAGUGUACAUACGUAAUGGGGGAUAUGCCGUUAUGGUUUUUCUACAAUCUUAUAAAUAUUGUAAAUUUAAAUUAAAAUAUGUACACGUAAGAUUUGCAAAGUGAACAAAAUAUUUAUUUAUUUAUUAAUUUAUAGAUUUAUCGAAGCGCGUUGAAAUUUGUAUAUUUUAUUAAUUAUUAAAUGUGUUACUGGAUUUUGAGAAGUCAUACAUAGAGAAAUUAUGAAAAUGUAUUAUGUAUAAGGUAAUAAUACUAUCCAUGUGACUGAUGUGAGCAAAAAAUAAGACAUAGGGCAAACACUAUACAGCAUUAUUGACCGACUAAAUAAAUAAAAUAUAACUUAUAUACAUAUAAAAGAAAAUAUCAAUGGGAAAACAACCGUUAGCCAACUGCCAAAACUGUUCUUCACACUCAACGGAAAUUUUCAAAAAAUCAUAAUUAUUAUUAAUACUUUGAUGAUAAAAUAAAAAUAAUUACGGUAUAUUUUUUGUACUACAAUUUAAAUGCUAUUCAAUUUUCCAUAAAACAUGGCCGUGUGGUUCGCUGAUUUCAUUAUGUAGGGUGGUCUAUUAAAAGUAAAACUAAUUUUUUUGGGAAAUAAUUACACUUUUAUAGGCUUUUUUAAGACAUUUUAGUUUACGUUUUUUACAAUAUUCAAAUGUUUAGUAAGUUCCAGAGCUCUAUAAUUUUUUUAUCUUGUAAUAUUGUAAAAUAACACAUAAAUAUGUUUUGAGAAAGAAAAACUAAAAAAUUGCAACUCAUUAGAUAGUAAUAUAAUGCUAAACUAACGUUAUUAUAAUAGAUCACUUUGUACAUGACUAACUAAACCAAUACUUAUUAAUUAUUUCAAAUGGAAUAAAAUAUAAAACUUGUUUUAAUAAACAUAAAAUAUGAUAUUGGCCUUCGGUUCAUGUUUUUUGUAUUGUAUAUAACGGACGUUCAGAUAAAACUAAUUAUUAUUAAAGUUAUACAUGACAAUAAAUGUAACGGUGAACCUUUUUUUUAUUUUACAUCCAAGAUGAUAAUAUUGCCCUUGUUAUUAUUAUGUUCGUUUUGAAGUAUAAUUUAUUUUUAAUUUUAAAUGUAUCGAUUUCUAAUUUUUCCUACAUACCUGUUAAACAAUAGUUAAAUUGGCGGGACCUAUGUUAUUGUUAUUUAAAUAAUUAUUGUAUUAUUUUUAUACAAUUAGUAUAAAUCGAGGUACAUACUCAUUGUUGUGUAUCUCCUACUUUUUUUGUUAUUAUUAUUAAUUAUAUUAUAAUUUUAGUUUGGUGGUUUAUAUUUUUUUAAUGUUGGCCGUCUGUGAAAGCACGAUUUUUAUCGGGUUUCUUUUUAAUAAUUCAUAUAAAAUCGCAUACUUAUUUUAAACACACCGUUGUUUUAUUGUGAUUACAUAUACAUGUUUGAAUAUUUAUCGACGUUGAAUAAAAUUGUUAUUGUAAUUCCAAACAUGACAUUUAGUGUGUACGCU